CGUGUCAGAGAGUUUUUGGUUGGAGAGUCUGGACUCUGGAGUCUUCUCCCGUCUCAGGCUCUUCCCGCCCCCUCCCCUUUCUUUCGUUAAUUCAUCCUUAUGGCUACCCUCACAGACUUUUGUCCUUUCACAAGCCGCCAUACAGUCCUUAAUUCAUCCUCAACGACGUUCGAUAUUUCGAUGCUUGGUAGCAAAGGAAUCCACCAUUAUCCUCGGAAGGCUGAUGGUGACAAAUCCAAUGGUUAUUCUGUGGACUGUGUCGUUGUUGGGGCUGGCAUCAGCGGUCUCUGCGUCGCGCAAGCUCUUGUGACGAAGCACCCCGAAAUUGCCAGUGAGGUUAUGGUGACGGAAGCCAAAGACCGUGUUGGAGGGAACAUUUUGACGGUGGAGAGGGACGGUUACCUCUGGGAAGAAGGCCCCAACAGUUUCCAGCCCUCUGAUGCCAUGCUCACGUUGGCGGUUGACUGUGGGUUGAAGGAUGACCUUGUUCUAGGGGACCCUAGCGCUCCACGUCUUGUAUUGUGGGGUGGAAAAUUGAGGCCAGUACCUUCGAAGCCUACUGAUCUACCUUUCUUUGACUUAAUGAGCUUUCCUGGGAAGCUCAGGGCUGGAUUUGGUGCUAUUGGAAUUCGGCCUCCACCACCAGGUCAUGAAGAAUCCAUAGAAGAAUUUGUGCGGCGUAAUCUUGGUGAUGAGGUUUUUGAGCGCUUGAUGGAGCCAUUUUGUUCAGGUGUUUAUGCCGGUGAUCCUUCAAAGCUGAGCAUGAAAGCAGCAUUUGGUAAGGUUUGGAAGCUAGAGCAGAAUGGUGGUAGCAUCAUCGGUGGAACCAUCAAAGCAAUUCAAGAACAGAACAGAGGCCAUAGAGAUCCGCAUUUGCCAAAACCAAAGGGCCAAACAGUUGGGUCUUUUAGGAAGGGGCUUGCUAUGCUGCCUAAUGCAAUUUCUGCAAGGUUAGGUAGCAAAGUCAAGUUAUCUUGGAAACUUUCUAGCAUAAAAAUGGAUGGUGGAAGAUAUACUUUGAUAUAUGAAACAGCUGAAGGAUUGGUUUUUGUUCAAACAAGGAGCAUUGUCAUGACUGUUCCAUCCCAUGUUGCAAGUAGUUUGUUGUGCUCUCUUUCUACUGCUGCUGCAGAUGCCCUUUCAAGGUUUCAUUACCCGCCAGUUGCAGCUGUAUCUAUUUCAUAUCCAAAGGAAGCAAUUAGGAAGGAGUGCUUGAUUGAUGGUGAACUUAAAGGGUUUGGCCAAUUGCAUCCACGCAGUCAGGGAGUGGAGACUUUAGGAACAAUAUAUAGUUCAUCACUUUUUCCUAACCGGGCACCACAUGGAAGGGUUCUACUCUUGAACUUUAUUGGAGGAGCUACGAAUCCUGGAAUUUUGUCCAAGAGUGAGAAUGAGCUUGUGGAGACGGUGAACCGAGAUCUUAGAAAGAUGCUUAUAAAGCCAAAUGCUGAGGACCCACUUGUUCUUGGUGUGAGAGUGUGGCCACAGGCAAUACCACAAUUCUUGAUUGGUCAUCUCGAUCAUCUAGAGGCAGCUAAGGAUGCCCUCAGGGAUGGUGGGUUUCAGGGGCUGUUUCUUGGGGGAAACUAUGUAUCUGGUGUAGCUUUGGGGCGAUGUGUGGAGGGCGCAUAUGAAAGUGCAGAGGAGGUAUCAAAAUUUUUGUCAGAAUAUAUGUAUAAAUAAAAUAAAAUGAUACAAGCAUUGUAAUCUGGGAUAAUUUGGGAUUGAGAAAUGGUGGAAAGAGGCUCCCCACUUUUUGGGGGUGGGGAUAAGGUCGGGUAGGUUUUUUGUUGGCAUGUCAUAGUCAUAUUCGGAUGGAAUGACGGUGAGCAUUCUUUUGUUUGUUUUGAUUGUUCUUGUUUGAUGGCUGCAACUGUAUCAUUUGUUCAGGGAGCAUAAGAGUUUUCUGAAAAA